AUGGCAGAGGCCUUAUCCACCUGGAUCGUUGCACUGAAUGUUGUGGUGCUGCGGGCUGUAGGGCCAUGCAGCGGAGUGGGGCUCAAGAUAGCUGUGCCUGAGAACUACGAUGGUAUUUUCCCCUGGUACCUUUCCAAGCUACCGAACCUUCCUGUUGAGUAUGGCAACGUCACCGUCAGUGGGGACAAUGAGGCCAUUUUUGGGGUGGAUUCGGGGUUCCUGUAUGCUUUGAAGCCCCUUGACAGAGAGAAACAGCCUUCCUACUCAUUGCAGGUGUCCUUCACCGCCAGCGGGAAAACGCAGAGCUUCACCGUUGAGGUGCGUGUCAGUGACAAGAACGACAACGUGCCCAAGUUUUUGGAAGAGAGCCUAAGAGGAACUGUUCAACUGGGCCUCCUCAAAGGUAUCUCGUUCAUGAGGCUCAAAGCCAUCGAUCGAGACGACCCAGACACACCCCAUGCUGAACUACGCUACAGCCUGAUGGGCCAAAACCCCAGGAUUCCUUCCAGCCAGAUGUUCUUCAUCGAUGCUCGGUUAGGAGACGUGUCUCUGACCGAGGAAGGGGCUUCCAGUUUGGACCCGGAGAUGUGUGGACGCUACCGGCUAACUGUGAUGGUCAAGGACAUGGCAGGAAGACCAACAGGGUUUUAUUCAACAGGCACUGUCACCGUGGAGGUGACAGGCAACACCUGGGGUCCACCAGAUCCCGUUCGGCUGCAGGAAAAUCUACCUGGCCCAUAUCCAAUCCCCAUAUCACAGGUGAAGUGGAGUGGAAGUCCUGCAGAAUACAGUCUUGAGGGGGAGUUUCCUGAGAUGCUCUUUACAAUCAGCAGGGAGGGCAUUGUAUACCUGAAUGCACCCCUGGACAGGGAGACCCAGGACCAGUUCCACAUCAGAAUUGUGGUGGAGCAGCCCGACAUUGGAGAGAUUGGAAACCCUGUGGAGCUACUGGUGAUGGUGGGAGAUGCCAAUGACAACAGGCCCACAUUUCCUCAGACGCACUACCAGGCAGUGGUGAAGGAGCUUGCUUCUCGAGGAACAGAGAUCCUCACUGUCCAGGCAGCAGACAAUGACGACCCCAAGACCGACAACGUGCGCAUCUCCUAUCGCUUGGUGGCUCAGAUCCCUGAGCGGCCACGGGCCUUGUUCCUCGUGGACCGUGACUCGGGGGUCAUCUCUCUCCAGGGAGACAGCCUGGAAGGUGCUGCCCUACAGUACACAUUGACAGUGGUGGCUGAGGAUGCCAAAGGACUGAACAGCUCCUGCACGGUCGUGGUGAAUGUGCUCGAUGAGAACAACCACCCACCCGUGUUCCCUCAGAGGGAGUAUGGGCCAUUCCACCUCCCUGAGGGCUCCUGUGUGGGUGCCACGGUAACAACUCUCUCUGCCUGGGAUGGGGACCAGAUCGGGAAGGACAGCUGGCGGGUGGAUUACGAGCUCGAGUCAGGGGAUGCCGAGGAGAUCUUCGCUCUGGUGGGGGACGAAACCACCAAUGAGGUCUCCCUAAUCCUUCAAAAGGCACUGGAUUAUGAAAACGUACGUCAGUACACCUUGGUUCUCAGUGCCCGGAACCCAGAGCCCUUGAUCCGAGCAGAGUAUGGACCAGCGUCCACAGCAACUGUGUCCAUUAUCGUUGAUGACGUCAACGAAAGCCCUACUCUACCUGAGACCCACUACGAAGUGUCUGUGAGGGAAGGAGAGGAGCCAGGAAGGGUCAUCGCCACAAUCCAGGGCUCUGACCCCGACUCACACCCCAUUAGGUACUCGCUGCGAGGGGACACCAGGGGCUAUUUUUCCAUCGAUGCCAACACAGGCGAGCUGAGGGCAGCCCAGGCCCUAGACAGGGAGGAGAACAGCACCUACACGAUGGAGCUUGUGGCCGAGGAUGGAAUGAACUCCUCGCUCUCAGCCACAGCCCUAGUGACAGUUCACAUCCUGGACAUCAAUGACAACAGUCCCGUGCUGGUAGGGGACUACUCGUGGAAGUACCUGUGCACACCGCGCUGGGAGGACCAGGCCCUGCUGCUGGCCUCACGGGACAGUGACAGCCCUCAGCACGGAGGCAGGCUCAACUUUUCCCUGGGGAGUGACCCUGCCGUGCGGCGUGACUGGAAGCUCACACCCGUCAAUGAUACCCACACUAACCUGUCCAUGAACACACCUUACCUGGCUCCAGAAGUAUACACAGUUCCCUUCACCAUCUCUGACAGCAGCACACCUCCCCGGAGCACCUUCAUCAACCUGCCAGUAACCGUGUGCCCCUGCAACACAAGGGGGAACUGCAGAACGGCUGCCAAGCAGUUGCAGGGCAUGCCCACCAUCCAGUCCACCUUGGGCAUCUUGCUGGGCACUGCAGGGGUCAUAGGGAUUAUUCUCAUAGUUGUCUUUGUGAGGUUACCCUAUCAGAAUCCGAAACCACAAAGCAAAGCCAAACAGGAGACGGUCCCCUUGAAAAGCUCAGCCUAA